UUUGUAUCCCUCUCUCUACAGUGUUGCCCUCAACCUCCAACCGGCCGGACAGAGGUCCUGUUCUUCCCGAUACCGCCGCCCCUCUCACCAAAUUCGGUCUCCUCGUUGCUCCUCCUCACAAAUUAGUUGCGGGAACGGAUUCCCCUCGAUCUCCUCCAAGAAACCCCUUGAAUGCCGAAUCAAAUCGUGUGGAAUCAACGCGGUUUUGAGUUAUUAUUUUACGGCGAACCUUAACCAAUCCACCGCCAAAUCCUCUCUGGUCCGAGCCGAUUUCCUCAACCUUUGCCUAUAAAUAGCAGCCCCUGGACCUCCUCUUCCGUUUCCCUCUUCUUCCCGAGCUUUUCCCUAACCCUAGCCGUCUCCCCGCAGUCGCCUUCUCUCUCCAACUCCGGCCGCCGCUCCAGCCGGUAGUAGCCGUCGCCUCCGCCAUCUCCGGUCAGUGCCGCCACCUCCCUCCGCUCCGCAAGGUUGAUCUCCACCCCGGCCACCGGUUUCCCUCCGCCAAAUCCCGCCGGAAGGUUGCCGUCACCGUGAACCAGUGGGUUGUUGCCACGGUUUGGUCUCCAGCCGCGCCGUUCGUCGUCGUCCAUCGUCGCCUUGGGUCGCCGCCGCCUCCAUUGGAUUCACAGAGACGAGCUCUACCCCGUCCACCCCUCCGUUGCCACCGCUCGUCGCCGGAAAGCUGUCGCUGCCGUUGACCAGUACCUCGCCGUCGUCCCGAUCUCGUCGCCGGCCAUCUCCUUUGCCGCUCAUCGCUGCGUAAGUGUUGCGUCGUCGUCAUCUCCGUGUGUUGCCGCCAGGUCGUUGUCGCCGUCUCUCCCUCUCCGAUCGCUUUGGUUUGCUUGUCGUUUCCGUCGUUGCGAAGGUUCGUGAGUGCGUUGGAAGUGAUUCAGAAGAUUAAGUGAAGACCGAUUAUUGCAAGACGCGCGGCGUCGUUGCGUUGUAGGAUCGAGGAGGAGUAGCGGGGAUGGGGCGGCCACCAAUGCCAAGCACGGGGGGCCCGGGUUUCCGGUUCACGCAGGAGGAGGUGGCCGAGAUGGAGUCGCUCCUGCGGCAUCUCAACAACGGCAUCCCGGACGGCUCCUUGAUCCAGUCCCUCGCCGACAGGUUCACCGCCUCCGCCGCGCGCGCCGGCAAGGUCGGCGUCCGGUCCAAGCAGGUGUGGUACUGGUUCCAGAACCGGAAGUACUCGCAGCGCUCUAGGAACUCGACCAAGAUGCUACCGGCGGCGUCUGGCGACCACAAGUCGGCCUUCGCUCGCUCCUCAGUUCAAAAAUCAGUAAAGAAUUCUUUGGAGGGUGGCCAGCUCGAGUUUGAGGCAAAGUCCGUUAGAGAUGGUGCAUGGUAUGAUGUUGCUGCCUUCCUUUCCCAUAGAUUGUCCCAGUCUGGUGAACUGGAAGUAUGGGUUCGAUUUUCUGGAUUUGGAGCUAGGGACGACGAAUGGAUUGAUGUCCGUACAUGUGUGCGGCAACGUUCUCAUCCAUGUGUGUCAACCGAAUGUGCCGCUGUUCUUCCUGGGGACCAAAUUCUUUGCUUCCAGGAAGGCAAACAUCAGGCUCUGUAUUUUGAUGCUCAUGUCCUUGAUGCUCAAAAGCGUAGGCAUGAUGCAAGAGGUUGUCGUUGCAGAUUUCUUGUUUGCUAUGAUCAUGAUGACUCUGAGGAAAUUGUUCCACUGAGGAAGAUGUGUCGUCGGCCAGAAACUGACUACAGACUUGAGAUUCUACAUGCUGCUGGAGCAGCAAAUGCUGCUAAAGAGGCUGUGGUUGAUUCGGUGAUUGCUUAGUCACUUCGAUCGAAAGGGUAAUAUAGUUGUCAGGAAUUUCCACUCCAAACAUAGUGGUUGCUUAAUUAGGACCCAAUGUGAUUGUUGUAUCAUUGACUUGAUUUCUAUUGCACAAAUUAGGUAUGGCACACAAAUUUUAGUUUACAUAUUAUGCCAAAAAGUGUUGAAGCGGCUAUGGAUCGGGUGCCCGAUCCGGAGCCAAAAAAUUGGGGCCCAUACCAGCCAUCUAGCGCGCGCAACUUGCCUCGACCAUCCAAUUUGCUAACACAUCAUUAUUGCACUGGAAUGCCUCUCGAAGUGCGCUGAAACCGGUGUCACCAUGCGGGAGGGGAGCCCCAGCAACCGCCGCCGAGCGACAGCAUCCUAGCCCAACCUCUACAUAGCUCUGCAUGUCAUCGUGCUGCAUUAUCGGUUCCUUGGAAUGUCACACCUGCUUCGCCGAAUCGAUGCACAAUUGUCAAUUCACCGGUGACAAAUGUUUCAAUUGAACCAUGGCUAGGGGCGAGUUCAUCAGGUGCAAAUCAUGCCGCAUUCUUUGCUCCCCUCCCGUGCCCAGGUGUGUCAUAAUUAGAGUUGAGCUGGUGUUGACGGAAAACAUGGCGGCCUGGGAGAUUUGCUUCACUCCAGUGUAAGUCCAAGGUUGCCUCGAGUGUCAAGAGCUUGGUAGCUGGUUUGAUCCUACACCAGCAAGGAAAAGCAUAAACUGUAAUUAGAUGAACUAUAGCUGAUCGGCCAAUAGAGCCGAUGAUUAGACCAAAUCGGCCGCGGCUUUAUGAUGAACAAGUAAAACAAAACCCUAAAAUAUGUCCUAUUGGCUGUAA